ACCAAGCCCAUUACCUUCCCUCAUCGUCGUCGUUGGCCAGCAGAGGUCCAAAGCAUCACCGAUCAUGGUGUCUGAUAUGUUACUUGCGACAGCUACGUCUAACCAACGAACCAUCUUCAAUUUCAAUCCAAUGCCUUGAUUUUUUUCACCAUCACCACCACCAGCUGAAAAUGGGUUCCGCUUAUCGUGAUCGGACGUCGGAAUUUCGUUCACUAUUGGAGACGCUGAAGAAGAUUGGCGGAGCCACAUCCGCCAUGAAUCAAGCUCAAAAUGAACCAUCGGCGUCUACGCCCUCCGGAUCCCCGGCCUUUGCACGAUCAGAAUUCAGCAAAAAGGCCUCCCGCAUCGGAUUAGGAAUCCAAGAUACCUCUCAGAAGAUCGUGAGGCUCGCUCAGUUGGCGAAAAGAUCAUCAAUGUUUGAUGACCCAAUCAGGGAAAUACAGGAAAUGACUGCUUUGAUUAAGAAUGAUAUUACAUCCUUGAACGUAGCUAUCACAGAGUUGCAAACCAUCCAUAACAUGGAGACAACAGAGGGGAAUUCUUCAGAGGAUAGAGUGGUUCAUUCAACAGCUGUCUGUGAUGAUCUGAAGAGCAGACUUAUGGGUGCUACAAAACAGCUACAAGAUGUGCUAACCACAAGAACAGAGAAUAUCAAGGCCAAUGAGAGCCGGAGGCAAAUAUUUUCUGCAAAUGCAUCUAGGGAAAGUCCUUUUCAAAAUCAAGCCAAAGCUGUAACACAACCUCCACCUUGGUCAAGCAAUACAUCUGGAAGUGCCCAAUCAUCACUGUUGUCAUCAAAUGGAGCUCAAGUUGGGGGUCAAUUGAGACGAAGGUUAGCUGUGGAGAACAUGAACACCCCAUCACAGCAAAUGGAGAUGUCGAUGUUACAGCAGGUGGUUCCUAGGCAGGAAAAUUAUUCACAAAGUCGUGCAGUUGCUCUCCAUAAUGUGGAAUCCACCAUAUCAGAACUCAGUGGAAUUUUUUCACAUCUUGCCACAAUGGUAGCUCAUCAAGGAGAACUUGCUAUCAGGAUUGAUGACAAUAUGGACGAAUCAUUGGCAAAUGUAGAUGGCGCUCGGAGUGCUCUUUUAAGGCAUCUUAGCCAGAUAUCAUCAAAUAGAUGGCUUCUCAUAAAAAUAUUUGCCAUUUUAAUUAUUUUCUUGAUGGUCUUUAUUUUCUUGGCAUAAACUUCCAGCUCCCAAACAUUACUUUUAAAUUUUUUGCUGACGAUAUUAUAUGGCUUUCUCAAUGUCCAUCGGUUGUUUACACUUAUCUGAUAUUGCUGUAACUUGCCCCCUCCCCCUCUGUAGAUUCAUGGAUCUUACUUUUCAUUUUGGGGUUCCAUUAAGUUUUAUCAUGUACACGAAUGCAACAAAUUGCUUAUAUUUUUACAGAAAGAAGCAUAUAUACUGUAUUGUGAGAAUCUCAAAUUCAUUAAAUCUGAA